AUGGCUAUCACCACAUUCACAGAAGAGCACACUUCCCCAGUCCCUCCAUCAAGAAUCUUUAAGGCCUCCAUUGUUGACUCUCACAACUUAAUUCCAAAGCUGAUGCCACAAGCUAUUAAAAGCAUUCAGAUCAUCCAAGGUAAUGGAGGAGCUGGGAGUAUUAAGCAAAUCAACUUUGCCGAAGGUAGCAACUUCAGCUAUGUGAAAUACCAUAUUGAUGAACUCGAUGAAACGACAUACACGUAUAAUUACACAUUGCUUGAAGGUGGUGCCUUGACAGAAGGGCUUGAAAAGAUCACGUAUGAGAUCAAGUUUGAGCCUGCACCUGAUGGUGGUUCAAUCAAUAAGGUGACAAGCAAAUACUACACUAAGGGUGAUUUUGCGCUCAAAGAAGAGGAAAUCAAGACAGGAAAGGAAAGGGUGUUGGCAGUGUACAAGGUUGUGGAAGCCUAUCUCCUCCAAAACCCUAAUGCCUAUGUUUAG